GGCUCCAUGUGACGGUGGGCUUUAGUGCUCCUGGAAGGGGUGUAGUAUUUAAAAGGAGGCAAGAAAGGAGAUACGAGGGAAUCCACCGCUCAAGGGGACAAACAAAAAGAUCUACUAAAUCAUGCCGGCUCAAAAAAAAGAUGAUGGAGGAUGGAAGGCGUUUUUGUGGAAUUCGGAGAAGAAGGAAUUUCUUGGGCGCACCGGUACUAGUUGGUCAAAAAUCAUUCUGUUCUAUGUCAUCUUUUAUGGCUUUCUGGCUGGGAUCUUUAUUGGCACCAUCCAGGUUCUCCUCCUCACCCUGAGCGAUUACAAACCCACCUGGCAGGACAGAGUCGCUCCUCCAGGACUUACCCACUACCCACGUUCAGAUAAGGCAGAGCUGAUCUUCACAUAUGAUGAUAUGGAGACGUACCUGAAAUACACCAAAGCCAUGAGAGAUUUCCUAUCAGCCUAUGACAUAGAUAACCAGCAGGAUCAAAUGCAGUUUGAAGACUGUGGAGAGGAACCACAGGAAUACAAGAAUAGAGGGGAUCUAGACAGUGAUAUUGGAGGUAGGAAGGCUUGUCAGUUCUCGAGGACUUUGCUUGGGCCAUGCUCUGGCCUUGGGGACAAUCAAGAUUUUGGAUUCUCUCAGGGGAAGCCCUGCUUGAUCGUCAAACUCAACAGGAUUGUGAAUUUUAGACCCAAGCCACCAAAGUCUAAUGAAAGCAUUCCAGAAGAGGCAUGGCACAAAGCCCAGUCCAAUGUGAUCCCGCUGCACUGCACAAACAGGAAAGAAGAGGAUGCAGGUAAGCUCGGGGAGGUGAAGUACUACGGUAUCGGAGAAGGCUUCCCCCUUCAGUAUUACCCCUACUACGGGAAACUCCUGCAUCCCCAGUACCUGCAGCCUCUGGUGGCCAUCCAGUUCGUCAACAUCACCUUGAAUACAGAAAUCCGCGUCGAGUGCAAAGUGUUUGGGGAAAACAUUUAUUACAAUGACAAGGAUCGCUACCAGGGACGAUUUGAUAUUAAAAUCGGUGUCCACAAGUCAUGACCUCUGAAUUAGAGUACCUCAACUCUCUCCCUAUUUAAAGGCAAACUAAGGCCCCUCUUCUGACCUGAGAUACAAAGGCACCCAGAGAUAAGUUUCUCACUUGUCUUCCAUAGGGUUUAACUGUUUAACUGAGGGGAAGUGUCUCACGUCAGAAAGUGGCCUCAUUAUAGAUUAGGAGAGAUUAAUAAAUAAUAAAAAAAAGAAUAUUUAAAAAUGCUUGUCUAAUACAUACCAUCUUAAACAUGUGGGACCUAACAUUGUCUGUACCUCUUUCCUUCAAGAUUUUCUGCUUCUGGUCUUGGGUUAGAACAUAAACACCUGGAGGAGUAGCCAUAGCAUAGAAUAUUCAUUCUGCUACUGAAUGAGAACGGUCGGUCCAUGAUCAGUGGGGCAUGAUGUUUUGUUGUAAAUUACAUUUCUUCUACCAAUGUAGCCAACACUGUUUCGUCCCUUUUGUAUUGUAUUGCUGCCUUGUGUGAUUUCCCUAUAUUUAGAAAGUGCACAGUAGUUGCAUAUGUAGGUUGUUUCAAGCCAUGCCAUGUGUGUGAUUCAGCUUCAUUUGUCAAAUGUGCCUACAUAUAUGUUUAGUUACUUAAUGGAAAUACACUGGCCUCUUAACAUUGCCUUUCGGGGGUAUUGAUUUUCUAUUUGCAUCUUUUAGGGAUAAUCGGUGGGUAAUUUAUUUUCUAAAAUCACUACAAUGUAGGGAAGAUUGUACUUCUAUUUGUUGAUUGGUUUUCAUUGAAUAUAGCCUUUGGUUUUAUGGUCUCAAAUGCAUGUGGAGGAAAAUGAUACUGUAGCUUUUGUUUUUAAAACACAUUGUUUUCCCCCUUGCCUUAUCGUUCUUCUUUUCAUCAAAGACAUCACAUGGUGUGGUUGAAUGUUCUAAACUGGUAUAUUUAUAAUUAAAUAUUCUGUUCGUUUUCAGCAGAAAAUUGUCAUGAUUGUAAAUAAUGCCAAAGCCAUUAAGCUUAUUCUAGAUUUUUUUCAGAACUAUUGCAAUACCCUGUCCAUUGGGAUGUUUUGUAGGCGUGCGUAGUGUAAGCCAUCAGAAAUGUCAACUUUCAGUCCCACAGGCUCUCAUGUUGAAACUAAACUGGAAAAAAGACAAACCAAAAUAAAACUGAGACUCUUUAA